GUAUGUAGCGCACGUGAUAUUUCAGAACUGACGUAGUAAACGAUAUGAUAUUACGUAGUAUACGACAUGGUACAUAGUGUUGAUACAUGUACAUGAUAGUACAUUUUCUUAUCAGUCGUGCGCAUAUAUAUUUCGUAUGCUAAUUGUUACAAAAUACGUACAGACAAAUCAACUUCCAGAAAAUUCUUUUUCUUACAGCCUGUAAGUAAAAAGCCUCCAAAACGAUUAUCGGGUAUCUAAAUGUUUAGGCAUCUCAUUGGACUGGGCAAAAGUUGCAAAACAUUAGCUUCUCAUUAUAAAUUGCUACAUACGAUGGGUGAGAUAAAGCCAAGCAUAGCUGGUGUUCCACUGACACAAGUUGUGGAUGCAUUGAAUGGAUAUGCUGAGCUAUCGCUUGCAGCAUCUUGGGAUAAUGUAGGAUUGCUCAUUGAACCUACAGAUCCAAAAUUGGUAUUUCAUAUUCUUCUAACGAACGAUCUAACCGAAGAUGUUAUGCAAGAAGCCAUAAACUUGAAGAGUGAUAUGAUAAUCACUUAUCAUCCGCUAAUAUUUGCACCUAUGAAGUCUGUAACAACUCGUUCAUGGAAGGAAAAAAUCGUGGCCAAAUGCUUGGAGAAUAAAAUUGCUGUGUACUCACCACACACCUCUUUUGAUUCAGUAAAAGGCGGUGUGAAUGACUGGUUGGCUUCAUCAUUUCAUAGUGUACUUGAAAGCAGCAAGCCGAUAGAAGCAAAUAGUGGUAAUAAGGAGUAUGGCUUUGGAAGAUUAUGCACUUUAAAGAAACAAAUUUCUAUUGAAGAAGCUGUGGAGUUAGUAAAGAAACGUACUGGCCUAAGUCACGUUAGAUUGGCCCGGGCUCGUCAGACAAAUGGUUUCAUCAACACUAUCGCGCUUUGUGCUGGAUCCGGAGCAACUGUCUUAAAAGACAUUCCUGCAGAUUUGUAUCUCACGGGGGAAAUGUUGCACCACGACGUUCUCGACGCUGUCCACAAGGGAGUCAAUGUGAUAUUAACAAAUCAUUCUGAUUCCGAACGCGGAUUCUUGAGCUCGUUUUCACGUACCUUGCUGGAACUGUUAAACGGAUCUGUCGUGGUGAGCGUAUCCAAAGCCGAUGCUGAUCCGCUGACAACUGUCUAACGUCUGUACCGAAGGGAAAACAAGCUGGUAUUAAGAACGGGAUGGAAUUGUUUCUGUCGUACGUGAUAAAAUUUUAUUAAUAAUAUUAUUAUAAAUCAUUCCUUCCAGUUAAUGGAUUGACAAUUUUUAUUUCAAUCUGGUAAAGUUGAUCAGAGAAAUAGAGGGAAGUGGUUUACACAAACACAAUCAUUGUACACUGCGUGUAUCGUUUCAACAGAAAUAAUCACUUCAGCUACAACGGAAACAGCGUUUAGGUUCCUUUCUCAUUUUAUGUAACGAGCUUAGAUUACUACGCAAUUAAUCUCUGAACAUGUGUAACCGUUAGAAUUCAUCAUCUCCCUUAUUUUGAUUAUUGAAAUAUCAUCGCUUGGUUCCUCGUUCGCCCGCUACCAACACAUGCUCGCAUUCAUUCAAUGUUCACGCACGGCGGUUACAAACGAAAGAACUCGUCUCCAACAAACGUAUGUAACGGUCGACGUUUUUUUAUUCGUUGAAAACUUAUCUAAAGAAAAUACAACAGUCGUAAUUCUGGUCCGAUCGGAACGUUUCGUAAUUUAGGUCCACGCAUACAAAUCUUCCGUUCACCGACGGGCCACAUCCUCCGUCCCUCUUGUUUCGCUUCAACAAUAGAUGAAAAAUUAUUCGCCCGUAACAGUCCUGUAAAUACAACAUGGCUUACCCGAUACAACGUAGGUAUAGAGUUUACAUCUCUAACAACCGAUUCCUCGCGUUAUUACGAUGCUGUGUGUGUGUGUGUACGUGUGUGCGUGUUUCCAGUGUGGGUUGUGUGUCUGUGUGCGUGUAUAUGUACACCGACGACGAAAUGCGUAAUACACGAUGAACACUUUAUAAAUUGCGAUUCUACAUCACCGGAUUCACGAUGCUCGAAGUGGAUUGCAUUGAAAUCGCUGGCGCAGCCUCCAUGGACAGCAUUUCGACGGACAAAAACUCACCGGAACCGGAUUUGCCCGAUAUCAAUAUUCAUCGAUAACAGUAUUAACCAGCAGUGUUUGCCGAGGGUUGUAUCGGCAUCAAAUUGUCGAAGCUGGAGUUAUUGGUCAUCCCUAAUAGUCUUCACUUAAUCCAAGAUACUUUAAUGAAUGUCAAGAUUAUUAUAUCCGACGUGUUCUUCUUCGUUUUAUCAUUGCAAUAAAAGUACAAUUCUUCAACCAA